GACUUAGAAUCAUGGGAACUAUUUCCCGCAGACUUACAAGAAAUGGUGAAUUGGGCUGACGUUUACAAAGACCACGAGAAGAAAGACUUAUCGAGGAACCACUUUUUGAUCUACAAGCAUGUGGAGGACUCUGAGUCGAGCACCAUAUAUCCUGUUGCGAUUCGCAUACAUGGAAUUUUAGAGCGCUUUCGCAUCGAAAGAUUUGGGAAUUGGUCUGGCUGUUCAAUACAUUACUGUCUCCUCCGGAGGUCACGAACAACCUUGGGACGCGACCAUCACAUCUCUGAAUCUCGCUUGUCAAUAUAUGCGCCAAAUAAAUCAAAGGAGCCUGUAUUGACCCCCGAUGAUGAUCCAGAGGGCAAAUUUCAAUGCCUACAAGAAUCAUGGGAUGUCAUGCGACCAUUACACGUUGCAGAUCUAUGCGCGAAUGGGAAAAAAGUGCCUAUUAAUUCAGUCUUACUGACUGCAGGCGAUUUUGUGGAAGUCGGGGCUGAACUUGACUUUGUGUUGAAUAAAAACAAAGACGCGAAGACAACACUGAAAUGCUUCCUGGCAUGCACAUACAUCGUGCGUUUGAUGCCUGCAGUACAUGUACAGAACGCUCAGUUGGUACGUGCCCCAAAAAAUGGAUAUCAUGCACGACAUAAUUCACUUUCUUAUAACACACAUGCAGGACAACAAUAG